UCGCUCUUUCUGUCGGAUCAGAACUCCUGAAUAGGAGUGUGCCAGCUUCUAGGUGAGGGUGGUGGAACAAGGGUGAGAAUUGAACGUCUAAUCUGAAAGGAUGGAGAACGCACACGCAAAGGUUCCGGCAGAAUGCCUGUCCUACUUCGGGGUCAAUGAAGAAUCUGGGCUCACUCCCGACCAGUUCAAGAAGAACCUGGAAAAAUAUGGCUUUAAUGAGCUGCCCGCUGAGGAGGGUAAGAGCAUCUGGGAGCUGAUCAGUGAGCAGUUUGAGGACUUGCUCGUCAGGAUCCUGCUGCUGGCUGCCUGCAUCUCUUUUGUGCUGGCCUGGUUUGAGGAAGGUGAAGAGACCGUCACCGCCUUCGUGGAACCCUUCGUCAUCCUUCUUAUCCUUAUCGCUAACGCCAUUGUUGGAGUAUGGCAGGAGCGUAACGCUGAAGACGCCAUCGAUGCUCUCAAGGAGUACGAGCCUGAGAUGGGCAAGGUUUACCGUGCUGACAGAAAGAGUGUGCAGCCGAUCAAGGCCAGACAAAUUGUCCCUGGUGACAUCGUUGAAGUCUGUGUUGGUGACAAAGUCCCCGCUGACAUCAGGCUUGUUUCCAUCAAGUCCACCUGCCUGCGUGUUGACCAGUCCAUCCUCACUGGUGAGUCCGUCAGUGUGAUCAAGCACACUGAGGCUGUUCCCGACAUGAGGGCCGUCAACCAGGACAAGAAGAACAUGCUUUUCUCUGGCACUAACAUCGCUUCUGGCAAGGCCAUCGGUAUUGCUGUCGCCACCGGAGUCUCCACUGAGAUCGGUAAGAUCCGUGACCAGAUGGCUGCCACUGAGCAGGAGAAGACUCCCCUGCAGGCCAAGCUGGACGAGUUCGGCGAGCAGCUGUCCAAGGUCAUCUCCCUGAUCUGCGUUGCUGUAUGGGCUAUCAACAUCGGCCACUUCAACGACCCCGUCCACGGUGGCUCAUGGAUCCGUGGAGCUGUCUACUACUUCAAGAUCGCUGUGGCUCUGGCCGUGGCUGCCAUCCCUGAGGGUCUGCCCGCUGUCAUCACCACCUGCCUGGCUCUCGGUACCCGCCGUAUGGCCAAGAAGAACGCCAUCGUCAGAAGCCUGCCCUCUGUGGAGACUCUUGGCUGCACCUCCGUCAUCUGCUCAGACAAAACCGGCACCCUCACCACCAACCAGAUGUGUGUGACCAAGAUGUUCAUCAUCAAGAACGCUGAUGGCAACCAUGUUGAACUUGAUGCUUUCGAUAUCUCUGGCUCCAAGUACACCCCCGAGGGCGAGGUUUCCCAGGGUGGUGCAAAGACCAACUGCAGCACACACGACGGCCUUGUUGAGAUCGCAACCAUCUGCGCCCUGUGCAACGACUCCACUCUGGACUACAACGAGACCAAGAAGAUCUAUGAGAAGGUUGGUGAGGCUACUGAGACCGCCCUGUCCUGCCUGGUGGAGAAGAUGAACGUCUUCAACAGCAACGUGAAGAACCUGUCCAAAAUUGAGAGAGCCACCGCCUGUUGCUCAGUUGUCAAGCAGCUCAUGAGGAAGGACGUCACUCUUGAGUUCUCCCGUGACAGGAAGUCCAUGUCCGUGUACUGCACUCCCACUAAGGGUGAUGGUGGAGCCAAGAUGUUCGUGAAGGGCGCCCCAGAAGGUGUGAUUGAAAGGUGCGCAUACGUGCGUGUUGGAGCUACCCGCGUGCCCCUGACCGCCGCCAUCAAGGACAAGAUGCUGAGUGUGAUCAAGGAGUGGGGAACCGGGCGUGACACCCUGCGUUGCCUGGCCCUCGCCACCCGUGACUCCCCCCUGAAGAUGGACGAGAUGAACCUUGAGGACGCCACCAAGUUCGCCGAUUACGAGGUUGAUCUGACCUUUGUUGGUGUUGUGGGUAUGCUGGAUCCCCCCCGUAAGGAGGUCUGCGGCUCCAUCGAGCUCUGCAGAGCUGCUGGAAUCCGUGUCAUUAUGAUCACUGGUGACAACAAGGGAACCGCCAUCGCUAUCUGCCGUCGUAUUGGCAUCUUCAGCGAGGAUGAGGAUGUUGAAGGAAAGGCCUACACCGGACGUGAGUUUGACGAUCUGCCCCUGGAGCAACAGACCAUGGCCGUGAAGAGAGCUUCCUGCUUCGCCCGUGUGGAGCCAUCCCACAAGUCCAAGAUUGUUGAGUUCCUUCAAGGAUUCGAUGAUAUUACUGCCAUGACCGGUGAUGGUGUGAAUGAUGCCCCUGCCCUGAAGAAGGCCGAGAUCGGCAUCGCCAUGGGCUCUGGCACUGCCGUUGCCAAGUCUGCCUCUGAGAUGGUCCUGGCUGACGAUAACUUCUCUUCCAUUGUGGCUGCUGUUGAGGAAGGCAGAGCCAUCUACAACAACAUGAAGCAGUUCAUCCGCUACCUCAUCUCUUCCAACGUUGGUGAGGUCGUCUGUAUCUUCCUGACCGCCGCCCUGGGUCUGCCCGAGGCUCUUAUCCCCGUCCAGCUUCUGUGGGUCAACCUGGUCACUGACGGUCUGCCCGCCACCGCCCUGGGCUUCAACCCCCCAGAUCUUGACAUCAUGGGCAGGCCCCCACGUUCCGCCAAGGAGCCCCUGAUCUCCGGAUGGUUGUUCUUCAGAUAUAUGGUUAUUGGUGGAUACGUCGGAAUGGCAACUGUUGGAGGUGCUGCCUACUGGUUCAUCUAUGACCCAGAGGGACCCGGUGUCUCCUACUACCAGCUGUCCCACUUCAUGCAGUGCUGCCCUGAGAACGAGGACUUCAACGGAGUCGAGUGCUCGAUCUUUGAGCAUUGCGCUCCCAUGACCAUGGCCCUGUCUGUGCUGGUCACCAUUGAGAUGUCCAACGCUCUCAACAGCUUGUCUGAGAACCAGUCUCUGCUGCGCAUGCCCCCAUGGGUUAACAUCUGGCUGCUGAUGGCCAUGGCCCUCUCCAUGUCCCUUCACUUCGUGAUCAUCUAUGUUGACCCCAUGCCCAUGGUCUUCCAUCUGACCCAUCUGAACGUCGACCAGUGGUUGGUGGUCCUGAAGCUUUCCUUCCCCGUCAUCCUUAUUGAUGAGGUGCUGAAGUUCGUGGCCCGCAACUACAUUGAUUACUCACCCGCCCCCCGCGUGUAACUACAUCAAGGUACAGAAAAUAAAAAAUAGAGAUGUAGAAGAAGAGGAUCUUUAGGGUUGGAGAGAAAGAAUUGGAGAGGAAAAGAGGAAGAUCAAAACCAAAGAGGGCCAACCAAUAGAAGAGAGGAGAAAACACAGGACAACUUGUGAAAGAAAACAACAAAACUUGUCAAGAAAAUCUACAUAAACAUAGCCUCUAUAUAAGCAAGAAGAUUUGAUUAAAAUGGCGGGAACUGUCCCUGUCGAUAAAGUAUUCAAAUAUUUAAGAUUUUAUUCUCAGAAAUUAAAGUAUGUAUUAAAAGUGAUUUUUUUGUUAAACUUGGAUAUUCUCAGCUGUUGUGUUUUUGUGUCCUCUGUCCAUUUUCAUAUGAUUGACUUUCCAGCUCAUUACUUUUAUUCUAGUCUUUGUUGCUCGUGUCUCGUGCAGCCUCCCUUCUCUGGCUGGGCUUUGUACAGUGUGGUGUAGGGUUGCAAAAGGACUUCAUAUGGGCAGAAAAAGCACAUGCCUCCAGCUGCAAGUGCUCUCUACGGGCUCUAUGCAAACAGACUGUUGGAGGUGUCAUGUCAUAAAAUGGGCAUGUCCACUCAGUCACAACACUUUUGGUCUUAUAUAUUGUUUACGUGAUAAGCUGCAAUAAAGUGAUGAUUAAAAACUCA